AUGUUCCCGUCUGGUGGUCGCUACGCCGCACAUGCACUCGGCUACACCCCGUAUUCGUUCAGCGCCAUGGCACGAUCAGUGACUGCAAUCCAAGAGUUCAAUAUGUUCGGCAUACCAUUCGUUGGUGCCGAUGUGUGCAGUUCUGUGACGCCAAAUUGGAUUCGAAAAGACCAGUACUCGAUGCCUACAAUAGAUCCAAAGCUCAACCUCAUAUUCAGUCUCUUCAGAAAGCGCAACUCACCAUAUAUGUACACACUAUUUUUCGAAGCAGCACGUUCUGGUGGUACUGUCAUACGACCGUUGUUCUUUGAAUUUCCAAACGAUGACGCUGCUCGUCUCACUUAUCAGCAGUUCAUGUUGGGACCGGCAUUAUUGUUCACUCCGGUUCUCUCGAUGGUACUACUUAUCUACACUUGGCGCAUUUCCAUUUUGAAAGGUGCGAAUGAGACUUAUGCGUACUUUCCACGAGACGCAUCGUGGUAUUAUUUCAGUGGUUCGGAGAUUGAUCGCUUGUACAGCACUGAAGUUGAGAGCGGUUACAGAUUUGUUCAUUCUGAUCAGACAUCGCCUCCACCCGCCUACAUAAGAGGUUAUCAAUCUCAGUUGUGA